AUGUUUGCUGCUCUGAAGCUUGUCUCUCGAUUAGUAUCGAGCAUCGGCUUCAUUUUACUGAUCAUAGUAUCAGUACCUCUUGCCUUCGACGUCGGCGGCAGAGACUGUGGUCUUGCUUUCUCCCUUGCCUUAUCAACCUUUUACUGGUUGUUAUCCAUCCUACGUCUCGCCAUAAACCGUCGACGGCAUCUUUGGCCCCUCUUAUAUCUCCUCGGCGCCUUGCAAUAUCUCAUUGUACCCGCUCUAUUGAUAUUCAACCUUGACAGAUUCCAAACGGAUCCUCCUCCUUUCGAUAGUACAGCUAGAAAGGUCCGAAGAGUUAUCGGCUUUACAGCAGAUGAGCCGGAACCAGUUGGUGGCGAGGACCCGAUAUUAUGGGACAGACUCACUAUAGUCCCCUGGAACGCUUUCCUUACGAUAUUUACACCUAUAUUUCAGCUAGUUGAGGGCUUCUGUACCCUUCUGGUCAUCCAGUCCGUUGGCCAGAUUGGCCGUUGGCUGGUUCACCGCAAGAAAUCUGACACCUGGAAUAUCGCUCUACUGGUAGCUUCCGGCUCGAUUAUCACAUCCGCUUUCUAUUUCAUCUACCGGAUAUAUACCUUCCCGGACAUCUCUGCUAUAGAUGCUACCCUCAUAGGCGUAGCGGUCACAAGCUCGCUCUUUCUAUGCGGCUAUGGCAUUGCUAGCGGCAGAGGCAGCUCCAUCGAAAGCUCUCUCCUGUUUUCAUAUGUCGUCUUGUGCAUGUACCAGAUCUUCACAGACUACAAACCAAACAACCCCCCAGAAAUCUCUGAAAAACCCGACUUUCCGCCACUUCCACCUUUUAUUAUAUCCUCCGUUUCUAACAUAUCAGAAUCUCUUCUCCAAGUCCUGCCUCUCGCAAUAACCUCUGCUUUCAUUUUCAUCCGCUCAGCUUUGGACACAAUCCCUCCAUCUGUGCUAGUUUCACUGGCGUACAGGCUUUUUGUUCUUAACGCGAGCACAAAGAUUAUACCUGCCGUUCGGGAAGGCAAAAGUCUGAGCAUGGAGGACGAAAAUGAAGAUGAUCCUGGAUCCGGCGGCACCACACGAUUUCUAACCUUCAUCAGAAGCUUUAGCCCCGUUGCUAUGAUAACAGUCUAUACAAACCUGUUAAUGAUGCAUUUUGAGGCGAUGCGGGGCGGAGAGUUGGGUAUCGCUGUUGGGAAAAUGGGGUGGAUCAAUAUGUUGAUUUGGACUCCACUCGGGGCUGAGAUAUGGCGAUGGGUAAACGUCCUAGCUACACUCGCAUUAUAUUCCUUCGAGCUCUGUCAAGCACAGGCAGACGACGAAGAUGGUACUACUUUGACAAGUCAUUGGAAAACAGAUUAA